GAAGUCCAGAAUGAAGCAAAGAGCGGCAGAAGCAAGCGCUGCAGAGGGAACAGAGGAGCCUGAGCACUGCCGAGAGCUGCAGCCGACAGUGAACGGGGGCACCCAGGGGAUCCUACAGCUCUGGCCUCCCCCGGGGACAGCCAGCACCAGGACAAGGAGAGGGGAAGGGGCCGGGGGUCCAGGGGACGUGACGGUGGAGCUGGAGCAAGGCAGCGGGGGCUAGGUGCGGGGUGAGGGAUGACAUCCAAGCCCAUUGCCCAGUCUGGGAUGGAGAACUUCCGAAAGGUCAGGACGUCAGAGGAGGAGAGCCCCUUGCCCUUCCCCAACUUGCCCCCUGGUGUGGUGGAGAUGAAAGUGAAGGAGGGCAGCAAGAUCAGGAACCUGAUGAGCUUCGCCAUGGCUCAGAUGGAGCUGAAGGGCAGCCGGCAGAUUGUCUUCAGCGGCUGCGGCAGAGCGGUCACCAAGACCAUCACCUGCGUGGAGAUCAUGAAGAGAAAGCUGGGGGGUCUUCACCAGGUCACCAAGGUACGCUACAAAACCUUGCUGGAGGUCUGGGAGAACCAGGACCCGCUGCCCGGCGGUGCAGCACAGAAUCUGACCGUCCACAAGAACGUCCCUUCCAUCUGCAUCCUGCUCUCCCGUGACCCCCUGGACCCCAACCAGACGGGCUACCAACCCCCUGAGCCUAGAGAGGUAGGAGAAGAUGCCUCGAGCUCCUCGGCCAAGGGGCUGAAGCGGCCCCCACCGCCUGCCCGUGAGGAACUGCUGCCCAAGAAGCUGCAGGUAGCGGGAGCCAGCAGCCCGCAGGGCUCGGGGACAAGAGACAGCCAGACGGACGGCCACUACUGACCCAGUUACAUGCUUACAGCAGGGUCUGGGGGGCUCCUGACCCCAUGCAGAACACAUCCUUGUACCCCCGUGGCUCCCCAUUUAAUGAAGGGAGGCUGCGGUAUGUAGGUCUGCGGGAAAACCUUCCCUCUCCAAACUUUUCCUCCCUUUUGCCUGGUGCUGCGUGUAGUUGCAGGCAUGCAGAGCUACUCAUGCCUCCUGCCAGCCCUGCUAAAUAGCCCCCGGCACAGCAGCUCUCCAGGACUCCCACAGAGCUGAAGCAUCCUUUGGAUUCUCCCCACAAUGGGAAAGGUGGCUGCAUGCCGCCGCUCCACAUCGGGAUGUCUCAGCCAGCAGCAAAGAGCCCAAAGCCCUUCGGAGUAACACCUUCAUUAUCAAAACCAUUGCAAUUAACCCCAGAGAGGAGCUGUCAGAUUUAUUAAUGCUGGGCUCCGCGCCUCGUGGCUCCUGCGAUUCAUCCUGAAUAGCACAAACAAGCAGAUGGGUCCUGCUCCCUCUCACCCAGCUCCCUGCUUUGUCUCUGCCCCUUCCUCUUUGCUGUGGCAUCGUUUCUAUUUUGUGCUUUGCUCUGAAAUACUCGAAGCUGAUCCUUCCUCUCCCAGAACUGCUGCAGCCUGAGAGCCAAGGAAACAAGCCCUGGAGCACUGCUGUUCAUUUCAGUAGCAGCCCCCAAAGAACAGAAAUGGAAAUAACCCCUCUUCCCACAUCAUAUAUUCAGGUUUUUCCUCUCCCGGAGGUGCUUGCAGCCAUGGUGAAUGCAUGAUGACAAGGGAUGGAGGCAAUGGGGAGCAUCAGGUGGAUCAUCUCCUGCAACGUGCUGGAUGGAUGCUGGGAUAAAGGGGAGCUUUGUAGGUUUGCCUGUGGAGCAUUUGCUAUGGGCUGGCUCCCCAGAAAGCCCUUCGGAGAGAAACGUCUGCUUUUUCUAUGGGUAAAAAGAUAACAAAUGGAAAAUAAAAGCUCUUUAGAAAUA